CAUGAGCUCAGUUACUGCGAUCUGUUUGUUUACCGAGGCUUAAUGAACGUUGCAGCUCUCCCAGUGUGUUGGCCAUUAGUUUGUGUGGCAGCUUGGCCCUGAUGGCAACAACUCUAGUGGUUAGAAUGGUUGGAAACAAGGGAGUGAUUGGAAGAAUAAGGUAGGGUGUGUGUAUUCCAUGGCUUUUCGACGAGGGUUUGAUAAGUCUAUCCUGAAGGGAGCGAGUGUGUGGGGGUAGAUGUGGGGGCGUCAUGGUACUGUCAGACAGGAUGUAGGGGAGGAUCUAUUGGAGCGGGAUUACCGGACCAUUUUUGGUGAGAGCUCAUCGUGGAGUUCUGAUUACAGUUGACGCAUUGCACUCCUCGUGUUGUGGCUGCUGGUCCAUUAGCAUUAUAUAAUCAUACCCAUAUAAUGCAGCUUUCUUUUGAUACUCAGAAUAUGACUACACAGACUACAUAUUGCCCAAUUUUCCCCAGAGGAUCCAUUUAUGCAGCUCCUGCUGAGCAACCUAUGAAUGCCAAUUAUAAAUGUGGAGAACAUAUAACCCUAAGGGGAGGUGUCUGUCUGCAUUUGUCUGAAAGAACAAGCAAGGGAGCAGCACAAAUGUCGCACAGCCAGACAUCAUGCAAAGAGAAGCCUUUCCUUGCUGCAGAGUGCUGAAAUGUUAGGCCCGAAGAACGAGAGUGUCAGAUCAAAUCAGCAGACUGUUUAUAUCAGACAGGGCCAUAAAAGCUGCCUGACACCAGACUCCAUAACCCCCUGUAUGUGGUUUAAGGCCCCUUUCAAUCACAAUCAAGAAAAGACACAUUAAGUGAUCCUUCAUCAGCACUUUAUAUUUCUAUCAGAUUCAGCAGUCCAGAAAAAAGCCAAGAUGGAGUGGUCACUAGAGAGUGUGAGGGAGAUGGUUGCUGGUGGGAUGCAGUCUGUAAGGGAGUGCGAGAUCUGUGCUUUUGCCAUAGCUACAUGUGUGCUGCUGCUGUUUAUGUGGUACUGUUACAGAGUGGGCCGGGACCAUGGCUCUAGCCCACUGCGUGGGAGGUAUCUGGCAGGGUCUGGCCGUAUUGGAGGAGUGGUGGGGGGUUUCAUGAGUUCAGACUGUCGUGGCAGAGGGAAAGGAAAACAUGGGUCACUACUGGAGGAGCAGAACGGCUUUGCAUUCUGCCAGUCAUCAGAGUGCUUCCGCUGUACCAGCGCUGGCGAGAGCCUGAACCAGAGGCUCUAUCACAGCCUGCAGGAUUAUGCCAAGCGCUACACCUGGUCAGGUAUGGGCAGGGUGCACAAAGGAGUUCGAGACCAAGGCCGAUACCUCAACAGCCGACCAACUAUCCAGCGGCCAGAGGUUUUCUUCCUUCCUGACCUACCAUCAGCCCCUUUCUUCUCCAGAGAAGUACAGAGACAUGACGUGGAGCUGCUUGAGCAGAGCUUCCCCGCCCUCCUGGCUGAGUUUGAGAGCAUCUACCACCAACCUCCAGCCCGGAGCGGCUCUUCCUUGCCACCAGGGUGGAAAGCCAACAGCACUCCUCGCGGGCAGUGGUGGACCUACUAUCUGGUAAACCAAGGCACUCCUUUGGUCCUAAAUGUCAGGAGAUGUCCACGGGCUUGGCGAGUGUUGGGCCAGCUGCGUACAUUCAUCGCCAACAACGUAUUUGGAAAUGCCUGCUUCUCUGUUUUGACACCUGGAGCUCUCAUUACUGAGCACUACGGUCCAACAAAUGUCAGGCUGCGCUGCCACCUGGGUCUCAGAGUGCCUCCAUCCUGUGAGCUUGUAGUUGGUGGAGAGCCACAAUGCUGGGCUGAGGGUAGCUGUCUGCUUUUUGAUGACUCCUUCCUCCACAGGGCUUUCCAUGAUGGCAGCCAAGAUGACGGCCCCAGGGUGGUCUUCAUGGUGGACCUAUGGCACCCCAAUGUGGCUGCUGCUGAGAGACAAGCCUUGGACUACAUUUUUACUCCAGGCCGUUUAGAAGACAAGGAAGGAAAGUAGGUGUGAGUGAGAAACCAUGUCCAAGUAAAGAGACAGAUGGCAUUAAGGGAAGUCUGUAGAACCGGGGAGCAGCUCUCUCUACCAUUUUUCUGUUUUCUGCCUCCUGACCAGCUCUCACAUUCACUGUGUACAUAUUUUCCAGCUCACACAGUAUUGCUCAAAACUCCUCUUAGUAGAUGACCAAACACUGGGCCUCUCUUAUUAAUUGCAUUUCCACCUGUGUGGUUGUGUAAAAUGCAGUCAUAUUCUUUUAUUUUCUUUCAUAGCACUAAUCACAGGUCCGUCCAUUUAAAUAAUGUGUAUUAAAACAGUAGCAAGGACAUUAUAGCAUGAUCUUAUGCCAUUGUAUAUAAAUAACACACUUCAACACCACUUUACAUGUCCUUUCUAUGCAUUUUAAGCUCUGCAGUUGUUAAAUGGUUAUAGUUUGGGAAAGUUUUCAGAACAGGGUGUCAUCCCUUUAAAGUACCUGGUAUUAAAUAUGUAGAAAGAACAUGCAAAAUUUUCUGAUGUGUUAUUCAUAUACUGGUUCAUGAGAUAAAGCUGGAGUUGUCAGCUUAGCUGUUCCAGUUUUUGUUUUGUUUUUUUAUUUUGAAUGUAAACCUUUAUUUGGAUAAAGGAUGUGACUGAACAGCCAUCAUGUCCUCUGACUUAACACCGAAGCAAAAUGGUUUCUGAUAUUUAAAUGGCUAUUUUGGUUGUAAAUUUAAAAAUAUAAUAAUAUAAAUAUAGAGAGCACAUCAUCCAAAAUUGGGUAAAUGGGUCUAAAUUAAACAAAAAACAUUGUGUGACUCUACUGAUAUAAUACGAACAUAAUGGGUCUACACAAUGGAUGCCUUCUGCUGCAGCACACCUGAAUCAGACUGAUCAUCAUGCUUGGGCAGCACUAGACAACAAGCUCUUGAGGAGAGCCAUUUAAUUUGAAUCAGGUGCAUUGGGGCAGGGAGACAUCUAAAACCUGCAGGAUUGUGGCCCUCAAGGACUCCGAGCUGGACAGCCCCGGUUUACAGGCCAGCCUAAACUGGUAAUUGUUGAUAAAUUUGAGUUACAGAGUAAUCAUUUAUUGCCUGGCGCGUUCUUUUCAAGCCUUAAGAAAAGCCUCAUGACAACAUGUAACACCUGCAUACAUUUACACAAGGGCUAAAAUAUUUAUUAAUUAAAAUUUUAUAUUUCUCAACAUAUUCAGCUAAAUUUGAGUCAGAUUGUCAGAAGGACUACACAAUUUUAAUUUAAACAAAAACCCACAUUUAAACAAAAAACUGCAGAUAACUCAUAUUUUUAUGAAUGACUGGCCUUCCUAUUAGCAGAAUGUUGACAUUUUGUCUGUGAUUGUGUUGCUAAUUAUGAUUUUUUUUUUUCCUUUACAAAAGUGUAAUUAAAGAUCAAAUGAAGGAAUGAUUUCUUUCCUCUCAUCAAUUUACUGUGCAAAAGUCUAGUAUGUACAUCAAAAUUUAAUGUAGACCUGGAUUAAACAUGGUGUGGAUUCUUAACUGGCCAUUUCUACAUACAUAUCUAAACAAGAUUAUAAUUACAUUAUUAUGAUGUAAUGACAGAAAUACAGAACUAUUCAUUUGCAUAUCAGUACUAAAAACCUUUAUCAAAAUGUAGUUUAAUAACUGAGGUCCAAUUUUGAAUGGUUUGAAUGUUUACAGACAGCUAAUGUCUCUGUCCUGACUCCUGCUGGUGUGUUGGUUAAAUGUGCUCCCCUUUGAAAUCAGUAUGGCUUUCAUACGACAUGGUUAGAUAAGCACAUUCCUAGGUCAGAUUGUACGAGUCGGCCUGUGCUGUGACACCAGAGAUGAAGUGUUUUUGGUAAAUUUACUAAACUCUUGUAAUUUGGUUGCAUUUGAUAUCAGGUUUGUAUUUCUGUAAAUAAGGUUGAAGUAAAAAAAAAAAAAAAAAAAAAAAAAAAAACGCCAUGAAUGGUCUGAGAUGUUUUGAACCGUCUUCAGUGCUUUAACUAUUGUGUUGUCUUGAUUCAGAUCUAAAGUGAUUGCAAGUUCUUCUCCAUUUCAAAAUGGCAACCACUAAAGUCUUUUUUGAUAGAUUUGAUUAGUAUAUUAUGUAAAAUGUUUAUGAGAUACUCUCUCUGUUGUUUUGUGAUAUUUUUUCAGUCACUGUAAUUUUGCAGCACAGCAUGGUAUUCAUUAUGAAAGUCACCAUCCUUAAUUCCUCAACAGCACUUCAUGGAUAUACUGUACGUGCAGUCUAAAAGGUAGACAAACUGAAUCUUCUGCUGCUUUACCUGACUACGGCCAUUCAAAACACCCAUCUGUUCAGUUCUAAUGUUUACAAAGGUGUGGUCAUUUACACGCUGUUUACAACAUCAGAAGACACUGAUAUCACUGACACUGUCCAUAAUUGGGUUUAAAAUCAACAGUGUUGCUAACCCACUACAGAAAACAAAUUCCCAGAGCACUGGCUUUACAUACACUGUAUGAUGGGGAAACCAUUUUGUUUACAUUUGAAUUGAGGAUUUGUUCUUUAACACAUUCUUGUGUGGAUUUUGAACAGUAUUUCUGUACAUUUAAUAAAUGGUUGAGUAUCUUAUUUAA